AUUGAGAUGGUAGUUCAUAAUGGCCAUGCAUUCUCUAGAAACCAUCAUUUUCCAAGAGAUCGAAUGGUAGAAUAUUAUAAUAAUAAUGCAUGGAAUACUAUCAAUAAAGCUCUUCAAGAAGAUGGUCAUACAUUUAGGACAUGGAUAAAGCAUACAGAUAUUGUAAAAGCAUGUAAGGAAUUAUUUGAGGAUGUGGUAGACUGGCAACUUUGGGAAGGAAUAAUUAGUGAAGAAAAAGAGCAAGAGUUCCUAGAAUCACUAAAAAUAGUUGAGUUAGCAGAGCAGGUAUUUGGGGCAAACUAUGCUGGAAGUAAACUUGCCAAUGAAAUUAAUAAUUGGCAUCUAACUCCAGCUAGUGUACAUGAAAAUAUAAAGCAAUCUUGUGUUGAGUAUGGAUAUGGAGGACGCUGGAAUGCAUCUAACUAUCAAGUCGGAGAAGUUGUAUAUAUAGAUAUGAAAAAAUGUUACCCAGCAAGUAUGCAUGGUCAAGGAGAGUGUUCACCAUGGUUUAAGCGGGUUGGACAUCCAACACAUCAUCUUGUUCGAGUAGCAGUAAAUAGAGAAUUGCUACAAGAUGAUAUAACCAGAUUUGCUGGAGAAGGAUGUGAAAAGGUAAAGGGCUGGACACCUAUUGUACUUCUACGAUAUCUUCUCGAAACAGGAAAGUUCAUGCAGAGAAAUAAAGUUGAAGAAAAACACCUUACUCAUCGGGUUGUAAUAGAUGAAGGAAAACUUGAUUUCUUAAUUCAAGAUUGUAUUAAAGAGGGAACAUAUGCAG